GAUGGCCCUGUCGUCAGCGACAUUUCUAGCGGGCCUUGUGUUCCUGCUGGUGGUACGACACCCGGCUCUCUCCUCCUCCGUCCCUAGCCAAGGGCAAGGUGUCUCUUCGUCUGAAGAGGUCUUUGCCCGGAAUUGCCUCGAACUUCUGCAUCAGGGAGUCACCCUCAGUGGUGUCUACACGAUCCACCCUUACGACAGCUUCCCUGAGCAUCCCGUGCAGGUAUUAUGCGACAUGGACACCAUGGGAGGCGGAUGGACUGUCAUCCAGAGAAGGGACGACAUCCAACCCAGGAAGGACUUCUACCUCACUUGGAUGGAGUAUGCCCUGGGCUUUGGGAACCUCAGCGGGGAAUUCUGGCUGGGCCUGGACCACAUCCACGCGCUGACGGACCAAGCCUAUAACGAGCUCUUGUUCAACUUGCACGACUUCGAGGGCGAAGAACGUCACGCCCUCUACAACUUCUUCUACGUUUACGACAGGAGCUCGGAUUACCUGAUGGAGGUCAACGGGUACUCGGGCAAUGCCGGGGACUCUUUCACGCUUCAUAACGGGAAUUACUUCUCGACCAAAGACAGAGAUCUUGAUAAUAUUGCUGGGUAUAAUUGUGCUGUGAGGUACUCAGGCGCUUGGUGGUACGACACAUGUCAUCACUGCAAUUUGAAUGGCCUUUAUCUCUCCGGACAACACGAGUCCUUCGCCGACGGUAUUGAAUGGAGUUCUUGGCAUGGGUACAAUUAUUCCCUCAAGAAAACGGAAAUGAAGAUCAGGCCGGCGUAUGACCAUGAGGGUGGACUCAGGAGAGGUGGAACAUAGAUCCUACCCAUGUGAACACUCUCGAGAGAGAGCUUCCAGCCCUGUCAUUGGCUUAUCAGCAGCCAAUCAGGAGCAUCGUAAGGGACUGGCUUAGACAUCAAACGAAUGAAAAAAGGUUCUUUUUUGUUUAAAUUCUUGUCGUUCUAGGCUGAAAUAAAUAUCUUGGAAGCGUAGUCUA